ACUGUUCAUGCACCACUGUGGCUUUAGAGCUGUAAGACGCAGUAACUUUUUGAAGCGAAACCAUGGCAAGAGGUCAGCAGGCUAGCCAGGAACUCUCUGAGCUUCUUAAUCAGCUGUGGCACUUGGACACCAACCGCCUCAAGCCCGGGACUGAUUACAGUAUUUCCCCCCAGGGGAAGGCAGGUUAUGUGGCUCAGGGCAGUAACCAUGCCAGAGAUCGGGCUCAUGCUCCGCUCUUCACAUAUGUCAACGAAGAAAAAGUGAAGAAAAUUGAGACGUAUGCACAUUUCGUCAAUUUGCUGGACAACUAUGAGAUGUCCACAGGCGUGUCAGAGACGGUUACCUCAGAAGAGCUUCACGAGAACAAACGCUUUAUUGAUUCCAUAAUGGAGACUGAUCUCAUGAAGUGCGCUCACAGCUAUCUGGUCAGGAAGGGACAGUCGCCAUCAGAUUCCGGACAGUUCAAGAGACAGCUGUAUGACAUCUGGUUCCGCCUCUACCACAGGGACCGGAGCGGAGGUAAGGAUUCCUGUGGAUUUGAGCAUGUGUUUGUGGGGGAGACCAAGUAUGACGAUGAGAUCAUGGGCCUUCACAACUGGGUCCAGUUCUACUUGCAGGAAAAGCAUGGCCACAUCGACUACAAAGGCUACAAAGCUAGAGCUAACAAAGACACACCUGAUGAGGACGACCACGUUCUGAACCUCCAGUUCAGCUGGAAAGGUUUGGUGAAGCCGAUCGGUGGUUCCUUCAUCGGUGUCAGUCCAGAGUUUGAGGUCGCUCUUUUCACCAUUAUCUUCCUCAUGUCGAAUGAGAAGAAGACCUCCGUGGUGGUGAAGGUGGACGAGUACAUGCUGGAGCUGGUUGUCUAUCGAUACGGCCGAUCUAUUGGCACAUCCUAUCCCAAACUGCUCAGCAGCAACAACAGAGAUUUGUAAUACUGCGACCUGCUCUGUAAGCUGUCCCGUAAAACUUGUUCAUGUAUUUGUAACAUUUUACUCUCAAUUUAAUAAACGGUUCUGGAACUUUUUUAUUUUCUUUUGCACAAAAAGUCAAGUUUAAAAUAUCUCUAACUUGAUCUCGACUGAUAUUGGCAUUUGAAAGUAAGUAAUGCUGUUUCCUUUUAGAGAAUACAAAACUCUGUGUACAAAACAGUGACAUCACUUAUUUGCAUUUCCUCUAUAAAAUUCUGCCAAGGCUGUCUACAGUGUACUUAAAUGGUCUGCAUUGUUUUUUUCCUUAAAACAUUUAUCUAAUCUUACACAAACCUGACAAGAGGGUCAUUCCCUGCAUACAUUUAUAAUGUUUCAUACACAGAUGCUCAUUGUAUAUGGAAAAUAAAAACUUGAUCUUAAA